AGGGCUAGACUGGAGGGGCUCUGCGCAUGUGUAUCUCUCAUGCCCCAACCUCUUUUCCUCUUCUCUUCCCUCCCCUUUUCUCCCCUCCCCUUUCCUCCCCUCCCCUACGGCCGGCUGGCUGACCUCGGUCCAUGGAGCCGCACUCUUUCUUUCCGGUGCUGGGUGGCGAGUUCGAGGACUCGAUAUUUGAGGAGUGGCCGCGCUCGCGGGAGCUCGAGCCCCUGCCGGCCUACAGCGCCAAGCGCUGCGAGCCCCAGUGGUUUUAUGAGGAAACAGAAAACAAGGAUGAAGUUGAAAUGCUCACCAUCAAGAAAUUUAGAGGUGACUCGGCGUACCGGCGUCAGGAAUUUCAGAAAGCCCUUCAGGAGUACUCCAGCUGCUUUGAACUGUUGCCAUCUACCAACUUUGCCAUGAGAAGAGACGUCCAAGAAGGGCAGGCUCGAUGUUUAACUCACCUAGGAAGGCACAUGGAAGCACUGGAGAUUGCAGAGAAAUUGGGGAAUGGAGCCACGAAUAGUGACCAUUUAACUGCUGUACUCUACCUCCAACUCACUAUUUAUUCAAGUCUGAAGAACAUAGAGAAAACAAUACUAUGCCUACAAAAACUGAUUUCUUUGCAUCAUUUUAAUCCUUGGAAUUGGGCUAAGCUUGCAGAGGCUUACCUGAGUCUUGGACUAGCUCUCUCAACUUCAUUUACUUCAUCUCAGAAAGAAAACAGUUUUAUGUCAAGUGACCAAGAAUUCAAAUCCCCCUUCCUAUUAUCAAAAAAAGAUCCUUCUCUACAUUUUUCCAAAACUUUGAAUGGAGACUCUGGUUUUUCUAUGGAAACAAGUGGUAGCCUCAUCCAGAAAAGUGAAAACUCUGUCAGUGAUGUGCGGCCUGUGGCACCAGAGACCCCGUUCUGUCUGGCAUUUCAGUCCUUUGCACCUGCAGUAUGGGCAGAGACUCAAGUGAAGGCUUGUGCCUCCUUUGUCAGAGCCAGGCUUUUGCUUCAGCUCACUCAGUCUCAGCAAACAUCUUUUGCUUUGGAGAAGAAUUUCAGGGCUCAGGAGGAAAUUGAAGAUAGAUUAAAAGGAUUCGGCUUUGAAGAAGAAACUUUACUGCUGAUUUCUGAGGUUAUGAGAGAAGAUCUCAUUCCAGAAAAAAUAAAAGAUGAAGUUCAUACAGAGGUGAAAUGUGUAGGCUCUGAAGCCUUGACUGCCUUGGCAGUUGAAGAUAAACAGGGCAGGUCUGAGGGAAAUCGAAGUUUGUCUUCAUCCUUCUCUUCUUGGUUCGGACACUUCUGCUGUACUUCAGGCACCCAGUGCUCUAUUCCCCAUCAAAACAGGGAAGACAGCAGUGCUCCAGUGGAAUGACUCAUCAAGGAUGCUGAAUAUAUCUACUGCUGAGUGAGCUUGAGAGGGUGCUAGAGGAUUUCAGGC